AUGGCAGCGUCCCAUGUUCUGAGCCACGACAAGCUAGUGGCGCUUCUUCAGCGGACGGCACAGAUCCUCAUCCCCGCUUUAUCUGCAUCGGCGCACAAGGGCUCGCACGGCAGAGUCGGCAUCGUCGGCGGAUGCGCGGCGUACACUGGCGCGCCGUACUUUGCAGCGUUGGCAGCACUGCGCACUGGUGCUGAUCUUGCAACUGUUAUCUGUGCCCCCGAUGCGGCCGUGCCCAUCAAGGCCUACUCACCGGAGCUCAUUGUCCGCGGAAUCCUGCCAGCCGACGGCGAUGCUCCACCGGGCGACGCCAAGGCUGCGACCAUGAUCGACGAUGGGUGGGCGCUUGCCUCGCUGCAUGCUGUCUCCAUGGGAUCAGGCCUUGGCCGCGCGCCUGCGCAUCUGGCGCUUGUCGGCCCGCUCCUUGACCACGCGGCCGCCCUCGACCUGCCUGUGGUUCUUGACGGCGACGCGCUGUUUCCGCUCGGCAACGACGACGGCAAGGCCGCGCUCACUCUCGCGCCAGCCGUAACUGACCGGCUUGUGGUCACGCCCAACGCCGUCGAGUAUCGCCGUCUGUGUCGUGCGCUGCUGAAUGAGGCCGUUGUCGAGCUGGGCGACGUACCCGGGCCGGCCGAGGACCAGGUCUCGCGCCUCGCCGCCGCCCUUCACCACGCCACCGUCGUCCGCAAAGGCGCAGCCGACAUUGUGGCCAACGCCCAUGUUGCUGCCCGCCUCGGCCACGCCCGCCCCUCCCUCCGAAGGUGCGGCGGACAGGGCGAUGUGCUCGCAGGCACCAUCGCGGUCUUUCUCGCCUGGGCCACCCUCGCCUCCCGGAACCACGGGCCUGACCUUGCCGCGCUACUUCUGCCCGACGCCGAGACAGAGACCGACAACGCUGUGGCGAACUCCACCUUUGCCGCGGCGCUGAUGGGCGCAAUAGUGACCCGCGAUGCCGCCUCGGUUGUCUACCACGUCCAUCGCCGAGCCACCAACGUCCCGCUCAUCCUCGAGAGCCUGCCCGCCGUCAUCGAUACCUUCCACGACGAUCCGAGCCACAUUGAGGAGGUCAUUCUCGGGCCCAUGUUCUCAGGCAAGACGACUGAGCUGCUCCGACGGGUCCGUCGGCAGGUUGCGGCGCGCAAGACGGUGGCCAUCAUCAAGUCUGCCAAGGACACACGUGGUGCCGAGCCUGGACGAGCGACAGUGACCCAUGAUGACGUGGCAGUGCCUGCCUACGCUGCUCUGCGACUUGCUGAUGUGCCGGCUGAGGUCUUGGCCGACGCCGAGGUGGUCGGCAUCGAUGAGGGCCAGUUCUUUGAUGAUGUCAUGCCUGUCGCCGACGAGCUGGCGAACAGCGGCAAGAUCGUUGUCGUCGCCACCCUUGAUGGCGACUUUAUGCGAAGGCCGUUUGCGUCGACGGGUCCACUCGUUGCUGCUGCUGAGCGGGUGACCAAGCUGACGGCGGUGUGCAUGGAGUGUCUCGCCGCAGACGCGCCCUUCUCCAAGCGCCUCAUCGCCGACACUAGCGUCGAGGUCAUCGGCGGCAAGGAAUCGUAUGCCGCCAUGUGUCGCAAUUGCUACAACAGCCUCUCCACGACGUGAUCGUCUGCAGCACGCGUCGUCAUCAUCCUUUUACUCCUGCGCCUGCCGCGACCUCGAGUCCCAGGCAAACGAGAUCGAAAUAAGCGAGCAGCCGGUCGGCAGCCGAUUACGAUAGUGCGGGAGCUGCGGACCGGGGAAGAUGACAAAGUCGCCAACGUCGAGGGCGAGCGCGGCCGACGCCGGGCCGAGCAGCGUCGACCGGAUGAGGGUCAUUGUCGUCGGCUCGCCGCCGAGCCCGGUAGCCUCGUCGCGGUUUGGAUGGGUGUAGUCGACCGUGGUCGACAUCGACCACGCGUAGUUGGCCUUGUCGAUGUGCAGGUCGAGCAUCGAGUGCUCAGGAUACAACAAGAGCAGCGGCCGCUCCGGCACCAGCUCCUCGCCUGUCACCGCUUCCAUCACCCGCGUCAUCUGGUAGUUGAGGUAGUUGGUGAACGGCUCGGCCCAG